AGUUAUUGCAAACCUGAUGAAAACAUUGUGUGAAGAACAACUCAAUUGCGAAAUAACAGCAUCCUCUUAGUUGGGUUUUGACGCGCAUUUAUUUGUUUACAGGCAGUGUCCGAGCACCGUUGUACGUUUAUGAUGACCCUCAAAGCAACUCAAAGGUGUGCUUUAUAUUAUGCAGUAAGGAGUAGAUCUCUGGGCUCAUGUAGGACGUUCUCCACUCUAACCACGGUCACAUUUCAAAUUUCCAAACAAAGUACAGAAGUCCUUUGUGUUCGUUCACAAAUACCACAGCCUCAGACGCCUCAGCAGCCACAGCAGCCACAACAGCCUCAGCAGCCACCGCAAAAACCAAACCCACAGACGCCUCAGCAGCCAUGGCAAAAACCGAACCCACAGACGCCUCAGCAGCCAUGGCAAAUACCAAAGCCUCAGACGCCUCAGACAUCUCAGCAGCCAUGGCAAAUACCACAGCCUCAGACGCCUCAGCAGCCACAACAGCCUCAGCUGCCACCGCAUAAACCAAACCCACAGACGCCUCAGCAGCCAUGGGAAAUACCAAAGCCUCAGACGCCUCAGCAGCCAUCACAAAAACCGAACCCACAGACGCCUCAGCGGCCAUGGCAAAUACCAAAGCCUCAGACGCCUCAGCAGCCUCAGCAUCCACAACAGCCUCAGCAGCCACCGCAAAAACCAAACCCACAGACGCCUCAGCAGCCAUGGCAAAAACCGAACCCACAGACGCCUCAGCAGCCAUGGCAAAAACCGAACCCACAGACGCCUCAGCAGCCAUGGCAAAUACCAAAGCCUCAGACGCCUCAGACAUCUCAGCAGCCAUGGGAAAUACCAAAGCCUCAGACGCCUCAGCAGCCAUCACAAAAACCGAACCCACAGACGCCUCAGCAGCCAUGGCAAAAACCAAACCCACAGACGCCUCAGCUGCCACCGCAUAAACCAAACCCACAGACGCCUCAGCAGCCAUGGGAAAUACCAAAGCCUCAGACGCCUCAGCAGCCAUCACAAAAACCGAACCCACAGACGCCUCAGCGGCCAUGGCAAAUACCAAAGCCUCAGACGCCUCAGCAGCCUCAGCAUCCACAACAGCCUCAGCAGCCAUGGCAAAUACCAAACCCACAGACACCUCAGCAGCCUCAGCUGCCUAAGCAGCCUCAGCAGCCCUGGCAAAUACCGAACCCACAGACGCCUAAGCAGCCUAAGCCGCCGGAGCAGCCAUGGCAAAUACCAAACCCUCAGACGCCUCAGCAGCCUGACCAGCCACAACAGCCAUGGCAAAUACGAACCCACAGACGCCUCUGCAGCCUAAGCAGCCUAAGCAGCCUCAGCAGCAAUGGCAAAUACCAAACCCACAGACGCCUCAGCAGCCUAAGCAGCCCCAGCAGCCAUGGCAAAUACCAAAUUCCCAGACUCUUCAGCAGCCUCAGCAGCCUCAGCAGCCGUCAUAUAUAG